CAGGGGGUUAAAAAAAGAAAUAGUCAUGCUGAUCCAAGGGCUUUUUGUGGGCAGUGCAGAAAUAAUAAACCCAAACCCAGAGUCAGGCCAUUUCAGGAGCGAGGUUGUGUGCCCAAACGGAGCCAGAUUCUGCCAGCUCGAGGAGAUAAUCAAAGCCGUCAGACACGCAAUUCCAUGCCCUCCACAGGGACCAGCCUCCCUGUUGCAGGGCAGAGAAAGUAUUAUGAGGGAGGCUGAGGACUCCAUGCUCCUGGCAGAAAAACGGCGCUGGGAUUAGGGAUUGCCACUUCGGAGAGGAUGCUGGGAAUCUGCAGAGGGAGACGGAAAUUCCUGGCUGCCUCACUGACGCUUCUCUGCAUUCCAGCCAUCACCUGGCUUUACCUGUUUGCUGGGAGCUUUGAAGAUGGGAAGCCCGUGUCUCUGUCUCCGCUGGAGUCCCAGGCGCACAGCCCGCAGUACACCGCGUCCAGCCAGCGGGAGCGGGAGAGCCUGGAGGUGCGCGUGCGUGAGGUGGAGGAGGAGAACCGCGCGCUCCGCCGGCAGCUCAGCCUGGCGCAGGGCCGGGCCCCAGCCCACCGCCGCGGCAACCACUCCAAGACCUACUCCAUGGAGGAGGGGACGGGGGACAGCGAGAACCUUCGCGCCGGCAUCGUGGCGGGCAACAGCUCCGAGUGUGGGCAGCAGCCGGUCGUGGAGAAGUGCGAGGCGGAACCCUCUGCACUUCCACCUCAUCGCUGACUCCAUCGCAGAGCAGAUCCUGGCCACACUCUUCCAGACCUGGAUGGUGCCUGCCGUGCGUGUGGACUUCUACAAUGCAGAUGAGC